CUCCACCCUCCCAUUCCUUUCCUUUCACCCGAAUUCAGUAUAAGUCGAAAUAGUAAAUUUGCAUUCACAUUAUCUACUAUUACAAAAUAACUAAAUAUAACCAAAUUCCUUAAAACUUGUGUUUACCCCUCUUUGGACCCAUUCCCAAACAUAGUGUAAAAAAUACGAAUGAUAUUUUGAGGAAAAAAAUAUGUAUAUGCGACCGUAUUGAUAAUAUUUUCUCCAAUUAACGAAAAACUGGCCUAGUUUAACCAAUAAAAAAUAAUUAAUUGUUUUUCUCACCAGAAAAACAAAAGCCAAUCAUUCCCAAUAGUUUAUUUUCCUCUUGGGAGGAAUGAUCUUUCGGAUAGAAUAUGAGUCAGGAAUGAGCAACGACCCAACCGCAACGAAUUGACCCAAUUUACCAAAAUUUCUUCCCUCAUUUACGGCCCUCUGAGAUUAUCAACUUCAACGAGGAGAGCAAAGUACGCGGCACGCCGAUCUACACAAACGCCACAUCACCGCCCGUCCACCGCACAGCAAUAACAGCAACCGUGCGACCCCCUCUUCCCAUUUUCCCCGCCUCCUUUCCUUCUCCCCCACCGAUAUUAUCCAAAACCCACUCCAAGCUAUAAGCUUUGGAAGAAGACCGAAGCAGAAGACCAAUCCUCUAGCUACCCAGAAUUUCUUCACACUACCCAUUUGCCGUUUCGCCCGAACAUGAUGACUUGGGAUGGUUUUGACGAUCCUCAGCCUCAUCGUUGCCAUAAUCAUCAUCAGCUGCCCAACGCCGGCAACGACCACCAGGACGCUUACCUGAAUUUCGAUUUCUUAUCUCUCGUCUCCAAGCCCCAGGAUUACUACAAGAUACUUGAAGUCGACUACGAUGCUUCGGAGGAUGCUAUUCGUUCCAAUUACAUACGGCUCGCCCUGAAGUGGCAUCCUGAUAAGCAUAAGGACCAGGACAGUGCUACUUCUAGAUUUCAAGAAAUAAAUGAGGCUUACCAAGUUUUGAGCGAUCCUGAGAGGAGGAUGGAGUACGAUACUGUAGGGAUGUCACAUGUCUACGACUAUAACGUUAUAGAGUAUCUUAACCGUUAUAAAGGGCUCAUUCUGACCUGUAAUGGUCUCGGGAUCAAGCAAUCAAUUUGGUGAUCAGAAAAAUGGUUUGUGGCAACUGCAAUAGACAUCCUCUGCUGUCUUCUUCCAUACCUAAUGCUCCGAGGUAUUGUUUUUUUCGGGUGAUCGGCGUGCUGGGCAGAACAGAAGGGAGAAGGAGUAGCAGAGUUUUGGAUGUGUCAAUGUAUCAGGGGGGUGUAAUCCCAUUUGUAUAAAAAAUGCACAAAGAUUUGGUCAUCGUAACUUGUUCAAUAUCAAAGCUCCAGCCUUUUUAUAUUUCUUUCUGUGGUUUAGGUUCAUACACCCUCCCAAGUCUCAACUGCUGCUUCUUCUAGGUUCAAAUGCUGUUGGGGUGAUGUGGGAACUUAAAAAAAACAUCAAUCUAAGUGGAUAGAUGAUUUCUGGACUUGGAUCUGUGGCAAUGAAUUAGUUCGUAUGUUGUUGAUGCAGGGUUUAUGUAAAAUUUUCUUUGCUUUCCCCAUUUAAGAGCAUACACAUCAAUAAAAUUGUAAAACUACUCGCAUAUGUAGUCUUUAUUGCCACAACGGUAAUUUGUGCAAUGCAGUUCAUUUUAAUUUCAUUAUACUUACAUUAAUACAUUUACUUAUGAUUGUAGUUAGUUGUCCCAACCGAGUAUUGUAAUAAAAACUAAAGAAUCCCAUGCCAGAAACCCACUAUCCAUUUUUAGACCACUUUGACUUUCCGACGCAAUUGUAUGAUGAUAAGUAUGGAAUGUGUAGGCACAUUAAGGCAAUUGAUUUUAUAAUGACAAAUGUUCAUGCCACGUCAUCUUCUAAUGACGACUGCAAGAUUAAUAUGAAUUUCUAUUUCCAAAUGGAGAGAGGAAAGAUCAAUUCCUUUUUUUAUUCCGUCUAUGGUGCGCACAUGAAUAUGUGUGGACGAGGGAGCUACCCUCAUUAAAACCGACCGUGUAAACCAGAGAGAAAAAGAAAAAACUAGAAAAUUAUCUUCUUCUCCUUAGAUUGCCCCUUUUCUUGGAGUCUUGGAUGAAUUCUUCCUUGCUCUGCAAGAAGUUUUCUCCCACUAAAAUUGUUCAAAACCCUAAUUCCUCACUCUGUGAGCUCUCAUUCGUCAAGUGUUGAAAAUAGACGUUUUUAGUGAAAUCAGGGUACGUCAUGGCCGCUAGGCGUGACUCGAGGCUUGGUCGCGGCUUUGAGGCCGUACUAUCAUGUAACAGUGGGCAUAAUACAAGUCAAGAUUGUGCUCGUGAUCGUAACCUUAGCGCGCAAAGCAUCACCGCAUCUUCGAUUUUGCUAAAGUUUACAUGCUUCGAGAUCCCGACUGAGAACUCUAAGAUCCCAACAGUGAUCUCCAUGUUACGUCGUGAUCUUUUUCGCGGUCUCGCUUAAAGGCCCGUGAGUGAGACUCAAUUCUUACAAAAGUCAAAAGAUGAUACAACUUUAAAUUAACCCUGUAGACAGAUUGAGGAUCAAGCCGGACCCGACUAGGUCAGUAGGUAUCUAGGAACAGACUUACCGCUCUAGCUAUGAGUAUAAUAGCGAGAUAGUGGUUACUUAUGCAUAAUUUUAACACAAAAAUGUUCGACAAUCUUCCACACCAAUCCAAGUAAAGUAAAGGGUAGAUAGUAAAUACAAUUUAUUACCCAAACCUUUCAAACUUUCCAAAUCAUUAGAUAAAAUUUUCAAAAUACAAAAAUAUCAACCAAAUUUUAACUUUUGGUUAGCAUUUUUGUUAGUAAGAUUGACUUGGCAACAUGAUAUUGACUUGGAAAAGAUACGUGAUGGUUACUGUUGGGGGUAUUAUGAGCAAAGCCCAAUGAGUGGCAACUUGGGCUCCCAAACAGCCCAAGUGGGGGGCAAGGCCCAAGUAAAAAGGAGGCCACAUGAAGACAAGUUACAAGAAGCCAAAGGAGGCCAGACUGUCAUGUGGUCCAGUACCUGCGGGCGCCUGUCACAUGCCAGGAGUCUGACAAGGUGGUUGGGAUGUCUGGCCAGAAAGAGACAAAGCAUUGAAUGAAGGCAGGGAGGUAGA